CCGCUGGCCCAGAGCUAGCUAGCUGCCCGGCCACCACCAGCCGUCCGAACCAACCUUCCUGCAGCGAGCUCAGCCCGACCACAAGCUCCCCCGGCUCAAAGUGAAGAACAGGGGAACCUCAGACCAUCUUGUAAAGCGGUGAAUGAUGACUAUGAUGACUCACCAGUACCCUUCUUGGAUCUUCAUCAAUGAGAGGACUUUCAUAACCAGGGAACAACUCAAUACUUUAUUGAAGACCUACAACAUUUUCUAUGAGAACCAGAAAAAUCUGCAUAUUUUAUAUGGACAGACUGAAGACGGGGAUGUCAUUGUUGAAGGAAUGCUAGACAUUUCUUGGGGCAUCAAACGGCCCAUACAGCUGAAAAUACAGGAUGACAAGCAAAUCUCUUGUUUUACCAUGUCAAAGCCACCAGAUGCCUUUUCCAGCAAUGGGAGAAUGACACGCUGGGGAGAAUUUGAUGACCUAUAUCACAUUAGUGAGCUGGACAAGACUCAGAUUCCUGUGUCUGGAACGAAGAAUUCCCUUGAAGACUAUUUAUCUUGUCACAGCAGCACUUUGAAGCCAUAUACAGAAGAGGAACCGAGAUCCCCUUUGCUAUAUAGAACCAUGAGUGAAGCAGCCCUAGUGGGAAGAAGGGCCAGGCUUCCAAUGAUGGACAGAAAAGACAGACAGAACCAGAGAGCCUCCAUUAACGGACACUUCUAUAACCAUGAAACGUCAAUUUUCACCCCAGCCUUUGGAUCAGAAACAAAGGUCAGGAUCAACAGUAGCAUGAGAACUGAAGAAGUAAUAAAGCAGCUCCUACAAAAAUUUAAGAUUGAGAACAGUCCUCAAGAUUUUGCUCUUUACAUUAUUUUUGCAACAGGAGAGCAGAGACGGCUAAAGAAGACAGAUAUUCCACUCUUGCAGAGACUCCUACAAGGGCCUUCCAAAAACAAUGCUCGUCUUUUCCUCAUGGACAAAGAUGCAGAAGAAAUCAGCAGCGAUGUGGCUCAGUACAUUAACUUCCAUUUUUCUCUCUUGGAAUCCAUUCUUCAAAGACUAAAGGAAGAAGAGAAAAGAGAGAUUCAAAGGACAAUUAUGAAAUUCAAUACUGAAAAAGCCAUUAUACUGAGAUGUCUACAAAGUAAACAGAUAGUAAAAACAGAGACAACGGUUUAGUAGAGCAAGUCUCUAGGGCUAAAAUACUUCAACAGAUGCAUUUGAUGAACUUAUCAAGUCUGUACUUGCAUUGGAAUAUGCACUAGCCUUGAAUCUAAUCUGUAGGAACUGAGUGCUAGAAAAGCUGUGUCUCUCUGAAGUAAGGCGACUACCUAGCGUUCACAGCUGGACUAAAAUGAGAUUGGUGGACUUUCAGUAACUGAAAAGGAUUAUGGUGGAUAGAACAAAGUUAUUGUCACCGUGCCAAGCAGGAUGUGCGGCCCUGGGUCCUCUCUGCACCCUUGUUGUUCUGCAAGGUAUUCCCAAGUCUGUUAAAUCCAUUUGGACAAAACACUGUGCAAUUGUAUUUAUGAACUCUAUACUAAAACGGAGUUUGGUGUAACUUUCUUCCAUUCCCUGUGCUGCUUCUAUUUGCGUUUUUCUUCAGUUUGUAUGAAGUUGUUGGAUCACAUGACCUGAAAGAAGGAAGGAAUAACUGCAGAUGUAAUAAACCCAGCUAAAAGAUUAGCUAUCAAUAUUAAAAACGUGAAACAUUUUUAAGAUAAAAAUCUUACUUCUCCAUAUCAUGAAAAGGUGAACUUUGACCUUUGUAGUCCUCAGAGAUCUCUCACUGAGUAAAACACAGACUUGCAUCUUUAUCCUCCUCCUACUGAUGAAUAAGAAAAUCAGUUCAUCUUAUUAAAAUAAGGCAAGUGUGAUCAUUAAAGUUCAGAGUACUUAUAAAAAAUUAUAAGGGAGUAUCAAAUGUCUUCCAUAAACAUAACAAUAGAUGAAUCUUACUUUGUAAGUGUGUAAGGAAUGUACCAAGGCUUCACUGUGAAAAAAAGGAGAGCUGGUGUGCAAAAAAUACACAUUAGAGAAAAUGCACAUAAUUUCUACGUAUAUGAAAGAAUUGUCUCAGUAGUGGUUAAUACCUUGUAACUGGCUUUAUUAAUUUGUGUUCCAUGAGUAAUCAGAAACAGUGGAGUAAUUUAACGUGAGAAAGCAGUAUGUGUUAUAUUAUUAAGUUUUAUUAGGACAGCAACAGUGAGAUGGAAGUAGAAGCCUCCUAAAGCUAAAGGAGACCCUUAAACGCAAGAAACAAGAAAUGAGGGUUUCCGAACUGCAGGGGAAGGUGAAUCUGCAGCCCAAUGGGUGGCAGUUCUCGGGCUACCCAGGCCACUGUGGUUCCCCAUUUGUCAAACAUACUCUGGAAAGUGCAAGAGGGAGGCAGGCUUUUCUACAGACGGGCACAAAGCAGAGAGGGAUAUAACCUUAUCUUCAUUCAGAGGCUGUUGGACUUGGUGCUGAAGAGGCUUCUUCUGUAAGAGUCUGUGUUUCACGUGGUCUGGGGCACAUUCAGAGCUGCACAGGAUUAAGGACACGGCACAGGCUUCCCUAGAAGGCCAGCAUUCUGUGUGAGUGUGCAGUGAGACGAGAAAGACACGGAUAGCAGCGAUUUGAGCUAAAGACUGGCAGGUUCUGGGCUCUAAAACCACUGCCCAACUCGAAAGCUGAAGAGGCAAGUGGGAGAGCGAAUGCUGGAAAAAGCUGCACCUGGCAGGAGCCUAGCACAGGAGAAACCAAUAUAGGCAAAGUAGUGGAGGAAAAACAAUCCCAUCCACCAGGAGCCUGCCUGGCCAACCCAUAGGUAGCAGAAGGGAGACAUUGACUGCAUGGAUGGAUCUCCAGCACCCUCUACUGGCACCAAAUAGCAUUGUGCAGACUGCUAAAGAAACAGCAGGCAACAAACACAGUUUAGAGUUGAGACAAUAAAAAUUGUGUCAUGUCAACACAACCAAACGUAUAUUAGAAAUGAUUAAAGCAACAAAUUACAAGAAGGUACCCUAACAACUGGUAAACACAAAUGGAUAUAAUGUUUCUGCAAGAUGUUAGUACUAACCUUAUUUUAUAUGAUCUUAUGAAAACAUAUUCUGCAGCUAUUUAUUAUACCAUUAUUUAUUGUCACAAAAGAAAGUAAACAGCCUAAAAUAUUCAUAUAGAAGUGAUUUAAAAAUCUACUCACAGAAUGAUAUAUUGUUUUUAAAAUUAUAUAUGUAAGUUAAUUGCAGAACUAAAUUAUCCUUAUAUAUCUAAAUAAAGAAUAUACGCAUAUAUACUAGAACAUAAUUUAUUGUACAUUAGACAUAUCUGUAUUAUGUACUUAUACAUUAACACACACUCACAAACCAAAAAGGAACUUUUCUAUCUUCCCUAGAAAUACGGAAGGUUCAGACUUUUUAAAUAUCUCUAUAUUUAGUAAAUGUUAUGUAAUAAUAUAUGUUGUUUUUAAAUCAGGAAAUAAAAAGUUGUGAUUCAAAAUUACCAACAAAAAGUAGCAAGUACAUGCAAGAGCAGAAUUCUAGAUGCAAGGGAAAACAACAACGUCAUGGUUCAAAUGUUCAUUCACAUCGCUUCUGUGAGAUGUUGAAUAUAUGUCCAUAAAAAUUUGGUACUUUUCCUUUCAAAAUAUGGCACUUAAUCUCCCUCACCUUUAGAUGAGCUAGACUUGAGAUUCCUUUUCAUUAUAUUAAUUGAAAAGAAAGGAUUACAUGUUUAGGGGGUUCAGUGUGAUCGAUGUAUACAUUGUGGAACAAACAAAUCAAGCUAACUAAUAUGUACCACCUCUCACCCUUAUCAUUUCUUUAUGAUGCACAUUUAAGUCUAUUCCUUUAGCAAUUAGUCACCUCUACUAAAUAGAAAAGGCAAAAGGGAGAGCAAGUGGAUUUGGAGAUCAGAUCACACAAGUGCCCAUGGCUUCCUCCUUGCUGUCUGCUUGGGAUCACUUCAUUCAGGGGAAGCUAGCCAUCAAGGCCUGAGCAGUGCUGAGGAGAGGACUCAACCAUGAGGUAUUGAGAUCUUUUGCAAAAGCUAGCCGGGAACUGCAGCCUCCUGAAAACUGCUACAUGAGUGGCCAUCUUGGAAGUGAAUCAUUUAGCCUUGGUCAAGUCUUUCAUGGCCCUAAUAGCUUGACUGCAGCUUUCAGAAAGAUUCUGAACUUCUCCUAAACCUCAGAAAGAGAAGAAACGCUGGCUUUGCUAUACUGUGCUAUACUGUGUAACUUGUCCCACAGCAGUGGAGAACUAAGAACAAUUUCUGAGGGGAAAAAAAUGUGUUGACUUUAAAGUUCUUUUUGCAUAAUACAAGAUCACAAACUUUCAUCAGAAAAAUGUCAUCCUUGAUUUAAAUGGUUUGGAUAUUUCAUUACACUUACACAUUGCUUAAAAUUAAAUUCUAAAUAAUAUGGUUAGUAAUGGUAGAAAACCAUCACAUUCAUUUAUAUAUGUCUUGUACUUCAUAUUAUGUCAUGUGCAUCUGAUGUGCUCAAUAAAAUUAAUUGGAUUAAGGAAUUAAU